UCUGCGGUUGAUGCGUGCCUCUACUUCGAUCUUGAAGUCUUCAUUUUCCAUCGUCUCUUCCACUCUCAAGUAUCAGUAUCACUGUCGCACCAAUCAUUCCAAACCCUCGAAACCUGGAUUGCCCUUUCGGAGAAAACCCGAAUGCGACGACUCUCUGCUCCUUCACUAUCUUACCAAUGGGUGGCAUCACGAAGCCCGAAAGCUCCUUCAAAAUUCUUCAGAAGGAAACCUCCAUGCCCGCAUUGUUCGCUGGACCUCGUUGCUCACCCACUUCUCCCGACAGGGUUACGUAGCCGAAGCUCAAACACUGUUCGACAUAAUGCCCCACAGAAAUAUCGUCACUUGCAACGCAAUGUUGUCGGGGUACCUUCGCUCCGGCAUGUUUCAUGAGGCUUCCCGGUUCUUCGAGUCCAUGCCGGAGAGGAACGUCGUUUCUUGGACCGCUAUGCUUAGUGGAUAUCCGGAGGCGGGGAGGAUUGAUGAUGCUCGGAAGUUGUUUGAUGUAAUGCCGGAGAAGAAUGUCGUUUCGUGGAACUCGAUGGUGGCAGCGCUGAUUAGGAAUGGGGAUUUGGAGGAAGCGAGGAUGGUUUUUGAACAGAUUCCUUGUAAAGAUGUGGUUUCUUGGAAUGCUAUGAUUGCGGGUUAUGCUGAAAAUGGUAGAAUGGAUGAAGCAAGAGCCUUGUUUUACAAGAUGGAAUUUAGGAAUGUGGUUACUUGGACUAGCAUGAUAUCUGGUUAUUGCCAUGCAGGCGAUGUGGAUGGGGCUUAUUGUUUGUUUCGGGUUAUGCCGGAGAACAAUGUUGUUUCUUGGACUGCUAUGAUUGGGGGGUUUGCCUGGAAUGGCUUCUGUGAAGAGGCAUUGUUGCUUUUUCUUCAGAUGAGAACGCUUUCAGAUGCAAAACCCAAUUUGGAGACCUUUAUUUCUCUUGUUUAUGCAUGUGCUGGUUUGGGUUUUCCUUGCCUUGGCAAGCAGUUACAUGCACAGCUGAUGGUUAACAGCUGGGAGCUUGAUGAUUAUGAUGGUAGGUUGCGUAGAAGUCUUGUUAGGAUGUACUCUGUGUUCGGUCUUAUGGACUCUGCACACAAUGUGUUUGAUGGUAAUGUGAGUAACUGCGAUGAAAAAUCUUUCAAUUCUAUGAUCAAUGGUUAUGUUCAGGCAGGUCGGUUAGAAAAGGCUCAAGAGUUGUUUGACAUGGUGCCUGUCCCAAAUAAAAUUGCAUGGACUUGCAUGAUUGCUGGCUAUCUUAGUGCUGGGCAAGUUCUGAAGGCGCAAAAUCUGUUUAAUAACAUGCCUGAUAGGGAUUCCAUUGCAUGGACUUCAAUGAUUUAUGGGUAUGUCCAAAAUGAGCUGAUUGCUGAAGCCAUCAGCUUAUUUGCUGAAAUGAUAGCUCAUGGUGUUUCUCCUAUGAAUUCUACAUAUAGUGUUCUUUUUGGAGCCAUGGGUUCGGUUGCAUAUCUUGAUCAGGGGCGACAGUUACAUGGUUUGCAGUUAAAGACAGUGCAUGAAAAUGAUUUGAUUCUUGAAAACUCUCUAAUUUCAAUGUAUGCAAAAUGUGGGGAGAUAGACGAUGCAUAUAGGAUGUUUUUUAACAUGACUUACCGGGACAAAGUUUCUUGGAACUCCAUGCUCAUGGGCCUUUCAGAUCAUGGGAGGGCCAAUGAAGCUUUAAAGCUAUACGAAACUAUGCUUAAAUUUGGAGUUCAUCCUGAUGGCGUUACUUUCCUGGGUGCCCUAACAGCAUGUGCUCAUGCAGGUCUUGUUGAUAAAGGGUGGGAGUUAUUUACUGCCAUGGUUAAUGUUUAUGCAAUUCAACCUGGUCUAGAGCAUUAUAUUAGUAUUAUCAAUCUUCUGGGUCGAGCAGGGAAGGUGAAGGAUGCAGAGGAGUUUGUUUUGAGGCUACCUGUUGAACCAAAUCGUGCCAUUUGGGGGGCACUGAUUGGAGUUUGUGGGUUGAGUAAAACCGAUGCAGAUGUUGCUAGGCGUGCAGCUAAACGACUGCUCGAGUUGGAUCCCUUAAAUGCACCAGGCCAUGUGGCCCUUUGUAACAUAUAUGCCGCAAAUGAUAGACACACUGAGGAGACAAGCUUAAGAAAAGAGAUGAGGAUGAAGGGUGUGAGGAAAACACCCGGAUGUAGUUGGAUAUUAGUGAAGGGUAGAGUUCAUGUUUUUUAUUCAGGAGAUAGAUUAGAACCACAAGUAGAAGAAAUGUUGCUACAAAUUUGA